AUGUAUGGGCACAUCAUUCUGACCACGUUUGUGCUGUUGGACUUUCUUCAUAUGGCAGUUGCCCAUUGUAUGGUCCAUCAAAUUUCCCCCAGGAACUUUACGUUACCCUGUAUGCUGCUGAAUGAGACGGUUUUGAGUCCUUUUUCUACUGGCGUUGUGAAAGGCUGGGCUGGGCCAAGGAGAGAGCAGGAACCGUCUGAAACUAAGCCUUCCUUGCCAACAGGAGAAGAAAGUUUUCCGUGUUGCCUUUGGAGUGGGAACAGCAUUGAUUGUUCUUUGCACAGAGCAAGUAUGCAAGCAAGGAAUUUUAUUCCUUCAGAAAUAAGUGUCUCUGCUUCUCAGGACAUAGAUUCAAAUUGGAACAUUGAAUGUUGGAUUCAGGGCAAGCUGGACAUGUUGGUUUGUAGCUUGCAGCUUUUGAAGUUGUAUUGGAGAGCCAGCUUGAAGGUUAAUCUUAUAUAUUCUGUGUCAGAGCUGUCGCUGGGAGAUGUAACUACGAGCUCUCUACAGGGGCCUGUCCUGGUCGCUCGAUGUGGCUGCCGGGAGGAGGCUGCGUGCGAGUGCUGCGUGCCUGCUCCGAGGCUCAACCACACGUACAUCAUUUGGCUGAGGAUGACGAUGGGUGUAACUCCUCUGUGGUCGCCUUUGAUGUCAGUCAAGCCCAUAGACAUAGUGAAGCCUGAUCCUCCUUUGAACCUGCAUCCAGAAGUGACAGAGAAAGGUCAAGUGAAGGUCUGCUGGUCCGACCCUGCGCUGGUGCCGUACCCACUGCAGUAUGAAGUGAAGAUCUCUGCAAAUUCGGCUCAAACGGGUCGGCGGAUGAUUCAAGUUGCUCUGGAAACCUCACUGGCCCUGGACAACACACCGCUUGAUUCUUCAUACUUCAUUCAAGUGCGGUGCAGGAAUCGUCAUGGUCCCGGGUUCUGGAGUGACUGGAGCACAACGUAUGAUCUCAACUUGGGAGCUGAAGUCCUGUACUUCCCUCCUAAGAUACUGACCAGCGUCGGUUCUAACGUUUCCUUUCAUUGCAUCUAUAAAAACAAAACCAAGAUUGUAUCGUCCAAGAAGAUUGUUUGGUGGCUGAAUUUAGCAGAAGAAAUCCCAGAAAGUCAGUAUACGCUUGUGAGUGAUCGUGUAAGCAAAGUUACUCUUUUCAACUUGAAAGCAACAAAACCUAGAGGAAGUUUCUUCUAUAACGCGUUAUACUGUUGUCACCGAAAUAGGGAGUGUCAUCAUAGAUACGCUGAAUUAUAUGUAGUAGAUGUGAACGUUAAUAUGACGUGUGAAACGGAUGGGUACUUAACAAAAAUGACUUGCAGAUGGUCUGCAAACCCAAACACACUGCUCCUGGCAAGUUCCUUGCAGCUCAGGUACCACAGGAGCAGAAUUUAUUGUUCUGACUUUCCGAGUACUUCUCCAGAAUCAGAGGUGAAGGAAUGCCAUUUACAGAGGAAUCAUUUGUAUGAGUGCACAUUUCAGCCUAUUUUUCUUUUAUCUGGUUACACCAUGUGGAUAGAGUUUCAGCACUUCCUAGGAACACUCGAAUCCUCACCAACUUGUAUCGUUCCAGCAGAUGUGGUGAAGCCACUUCCUCCUUCCAACGUUAAAGCAGAAAUCACCAGGAAUGUUGGGCUGCUGAACGUGAGCUGGACAAACCCAGUAUUUGCGAACGAGGAUCUUGAAUUUCAGAUCCGUUAUGCUGUGAACAGGGAAGAAGUGACAUGGCAGCUUUAUGAAGUUUCAAACGCACCGGGGUGGGCUGUGAUAGAAGUUCAGGAGCUUUGCGUCGAGUAUGUUGUGGAGGUCCGGUGCAGGUCGCUGGAUGGGUCAGGUUACUGGAGCAACUGGAGCAGCUCAGCCUGCUCACGUGUGAAGGAUGUCAGAGCUCCCUUACAAGGCCCAGAAUUUUGGAGAAUUAUUGUUGAGGAUCCAGCGAGGAGGCAGAAGAAUGUUACGCUCCUGUGGAAGCCGCUGCUGAGGAAUCACUCACUGUGCAGUGUGAGCCGAUACGUUAUAAAGCAUCAGACGUCAAGAGACAGUGCGUGGUCAGAGGCUGUUGAUAAUGGCACUACCUGCUCAUUUCCAUGGACAGAACGCACACACACCAUUACGGUUUUAGCCAUGAAUUCAGUGGGAGUGUCUUCAGCUAAUUUUAAUUUAACUCUAUCACAGCAAAUGAGCACAGUGAACGUGGUGCAGUCGCUUCACGCAUACCCAGUGAACAGCACGUGUGUGAUUUUGGUUUGGACGCUCUCGCCUAACACAUACGCCAUCACGGCUUUUGUCCUUGAGUGGAAGAACCUCAACAAAGAAGAGGAGAUUAAAUGGGUGCGAGUUCCUCCGAAUAUUAGUAAAUAUUAUCUUUAUGAUCACUUUAUUCUGAUCGAGAAGUACCGGUUCAGCCUCUACCCUGUGUUUGCUGAAGGAGUUGGCAAAUCCAGAGCAACAGAUCAGUUUACCAAAGUUCCAGGCGGAUAUGAAAACGAGGAUAAUGCCAGCCUGUAUGUGGUUCUGCCAAUAGUGAUUUCAACCUCGGUUCUGCUGCUCGGAGCGUUGCUGGUGUCUCACCAAAGAAUGAAGAAACUGUUUUGGGAAGAUGUUCCAAACCCCAAGAAUUGUUCCUGGGCGCAAGGAGUUAAUUUUCAGAAGCCUGAAACUUUUGAGCAUCUUUUUAUCAAGAACCCCAAGGCAAUGUCAUUUGAGCCUCUUCUUCUGGAACCAGAAAUAGUGCUGGAGGACGUCACUGUUAGCAAAGCGUUGAAAAGAGAAGACGCGCAAGAUUUCUUAGUAAUUGAUUCAAUGUUUGCAAAAAUUCAAGACUCUGAACGUGACUCUGCUUGUUCCAGCAGCCACUUCAACAGCAGCAGCUUCUCGGAGAGCUCUCGUGAUGACCGAAUUGGCGGCGAAAUUCCCAGGCAGCCUGAUGUUAAAUAUGCUACUGUUAUUGGUAACUCCAGAGCGAGUGGGCUUUAUGACCAGAAAACGAAUGGAAGAAGUUGUUUUGAUCGAUGCUUCACAGCUGAAGAUUCCGUAGCCACAGGCACCUUCUCCAGUAGCUCUUGGGAGGUGGGAGAUGGGACGUUCCUCUCAUUCUCCGACGCCCCUNGGACGCGCUUUGCCCUCUCCCUCGUUUCUUCAGAGGGAUUUUCAGAGCCUUUGGAUCAGGAUGAUGCUUCCACGGACGGAGGCAGUCCUGAGCGGAGCCCCUGCUACCUGGGGAUAACAUCGCUGGAAAAAAGAGAACGGGACAUUUUUUUAACAGAAAGUUCCGGGGUGACAUGUCAGUUCCAUGUGACCGAUGUACUCGACGAGGGGGGGUUACUUCAGCCUGCGUCGCCUGAUUUAAACGUGUUUAUCCAAAGCAGCCUGAAGUAUAAAGCCAUCGUGUCGUACGUGCCGCAGUUUCAGAUGACUCCUGCCAAGGUGCAAGAGACCACAAAGAAAAACUCUUAA